AUGGUGACUGGGUGUUUCCGAAACGCAUUGGCACUGGUAGGACUAGUAGUAGUGCUGGUGGCUCUCAAUCUCUCAGUGAGAGCCACGUCAGCAUUCAACUUCUCAAGCUCCGAGCAGAGGGGGGUGAUGUGGUCGUUCGACUGCGACUGGAAGGGCAACGACAUUGACCGAGCCACCAGCAUGGGCGACACGUGCGGAAAGCAGUGCCUCGACCGCGCGGAUUGCACGCAUUGGACGUGGACGGCCGAAAAUGGCGGCUCGUGCUGGCUCAAAGGGGCAAUCAACGCGACAGAAUUGGUCGCCGCCAAUGGCACGUCGUGCGGUUACCGCGUUACUGACAGCGCGACCGGCAACCCUAAACCCCUAAUCCGCUCCCCGUCUAAUGCAAGAGCAGGGUGGCCGGAAGUGAUGAAGCGCGUCAUGGCGGUGUACAUGAAAGUCCUCGCGCGCGCGCGGCAGAUCCGUGAGAACGCCAAGUUCCGCGGCUUCGCGUCCAACGUGGCCAACUACAGCCCGCUCUUCGCGUCCGACGACGGCUGCCCGGCGUCGGAGAAAUGCCCGCUCGCACAGAACCCGAGCACGGGCGAAAUGAACUACGACUGGAACCCGUGCAUUGACGAGAACCGCUUCACCGCGCGCCUCAAUGCAUUCCUGGGGGCCGCGGGACUGCCCACCAGGUGGAUUGUGGACACCAUCCGGCCCGGCGUCGCUGGCAUUCGCACACGCUGGGGGUCGUGGUGCAACGUGAAGAACGCGGGGAUCGGAGAACGCCCCCAGGCGUAUCCCGCUGAUGCUCCGCAAGUUGACGCUGUGGAGAUUUCGGAGCCGAUUCCCGUGGAUCGCGAAUGCGACCCCCUGGACCCGCUUGGCCUGGACGCCCUAGCAGACGCGCCGCGAGCUGGCCAGUGGUUUCAGGAACAAUUCACCAUGCUGGUUCGCAACGCCAACCCGCCCAUGCCUGCUGGCACGGUGGACCCGCCCACGCCUGCCGACCCGUGCAUGACCGACCCGCAAACAAACCCCGCGUGCGAUCCGUUCUGGGAGAACUUGGCCGUCGAGUACUCGCCGCAGUACAAGUUCCACCCCGACGAGGAUAUCUGGCCAAUCACAAUUGACGAGUACCUCACACACGUGACUGCCUCCAAAGGUUUUAUUACUGAGGAUGGUACAGACUAUCAGGUUGAUUACCAGACGGGCCCGAUCACUCCUGACAACCUCGAUACAUUGUUGGAGAAUCCGAAUCUGAAGAGCGAGCAUGGGAGUACUGUCCUGUUCAGUCCGGAUCAGUUUCACCAGGAAACCCCCUGGGUGACGGACUCGGCGCGCAACCCGGAAAACGGAGGGACGAAGCUGUACACCGUCAUUUACAAUCCGAAACCCGACGACAAAGACUCGUUUGUGGAGAUUCAGUAUUGGCUCUUCUACCCUUAUAACUAUGUCAACCCCCUUGCUGGGGAUGACAACCACAUCACGGACCUGGUGGCGAUUGCAAUCCGCUUCUCAAAGACCGGCCAGCCGCAGCGCAUUUGGUACGCGCAGCACGGCGACGGCCCCGUGUGGGCGUGGGACGAAGGGGGUGACUGGGACGACCCCAAGCCAUCGGAAUUUGCUACGGUGAUGGGAACACAUCCCAUUGUGUAUGUCUCGGAAGGAAACCAUGAGCAUUACCCUGGAGCUGGUGAGUAG